UGCUUAUAAAUUAUUUUCACAUGGCAGUUGGGAAGGAAAACCCGCCAAAUUUCAUCGUCUAUACGUGAAAUGGUCUGCACUGCACUAAACCCAAAACUGAUACCUAAUUGCAGAUCUGUUCCUCCUCCUCCUCCGUUUGUCAUUAAAUCCAAAAGUUCCGAGUUCUCUUAGUUCUCCAACUUCCAAGCGAAGAUUGAUCAGAUUGGAAACCUUAGAUCUGUGACUUAUCCAAUUAAUUGGGUUUCAAGUUAGAGGUCGUUUUUAAUCAAGAAGAGGUACUGAUUUGUUGAAAAAAAAAUCCAAUGUUUCGAUUUUACAAUUUCUUGAAUCCGAUACCAUAAAACCAGUGUAGAAGAUGAGGCCUACCUACUUUUUCGGAGAAAAGUGAAAAGAGAACGAAAGUAAGUAGGAAAAAGAACGCUGGACUUGAAUUCUUGUUGAAGGCUAGGGUUUCAAUGGCGAUAAUCGGUGACGCACUGCGGCAAGCGUUUAUGCCCAAGCACGAAUAUGAGAGCCUGCGAGAGGAAGAUAAAGCUUGGGUUAAGCUGCAAAGACCGGUCGUGUUGGGGAUUAUGUCUAUCAUUUGCCUUGUGAUUAUUGUGUGUACGAUUGUGAGCUUGAAAAUCGUGUUUCCUAGCGAUAGUUUGAAGAGGCCAUUUUGCAGUGAUAGGAGGAUGCGACCACUGCCGAUUAACGCUAAAGGAGGCGAUUCAGAUCUGUUUCCGGGGGCAUUUUAUUUGACGGAUCAAGAAACGGUCGAUUACUACUGGAUGGUUGUGUUUGUCCCAUCUAUGAUUAUCUUCUUCGCAUCACUUCCUUAUCUUUUAGCAGGAAUUACUGUUGCUUAUACUGCUCCUACUAGACAUGGAUGUUUAAAGGUGGUGGAAAAUAAUUACUGUGCGUCAAAAAGAGGUGGGGUUCGUUGUCUAUCCAUUCUAAAUGUUGUUUUUGCUGUCAUCUUCGGUCUUCUUGCCUUGUUCCUUGGUUCCAGCCUUUUGACUCUGGGGAGCAGCUGCUCUGUGGCCCUGUUUUGGUGCUAUGAGAUUUCUUCUUGGGGACUGGUGAUUCUAUAUGCGGGAACUGCCUUUUUCCUCAGAAGAAAAGCAGCUAUAAUUCUUGAUGAGGGAGAACAUGGGGGUCGGAGUUAUGGUUUGGAAAUGUUAGAGGCAUUACCUAAGGAAAUCACACCAGAUAUGGAAAGGCGCGUGAACGAAGGAUUUAAAGCAUGGAUGGGCUCAUCCCUUCUGUCAUCAGAUGAAGAGGAUGAACCUGAAAGUUAUCAGGAAGUGCCUCAACUAACUCCCACUCUUUCUAACAGGCAGAGGACAUGACUGCUUCCAUGAAGAACCCAGGUUGAUAUGCUUUGAUAGUUAUAUACACGAUUCCAAUCUUGGCAGUGAAUGCACUCAAUUUUGGAUCACUAGAGCCCAGCAUAGUGGCAGUUCAAAUAUAACAUGAAGGACUGCUAAAUGACAGAGAUAGAGACAGUGCUUGUUGAUUGUGCUGCCUGCAGUGUCUGUCUGUCUUUCAGGGUCUUGAUAGCUUGUGAAUAAUUAACUAGAUUGUCACUUGUGGUGUACGCACAAAAUGAAGAGAGAGAAGCAUUUGGUGUCUCUAGGAGCUGUUGCCUUGUGAAAAUUAAUUGAUGCAAAAUCUGAUAUAACUAUCCUUGAUUGAACUGAGGGGAUCUAACUGUACCAGUUUGCUAUUAUGUUUGUGUUGAUCCUUACUGAAGGGCUUGAACCCAAGCAACAGGUACCUUGUGCAA